AACUGCCUGAAAUCAAGCUGAAUGGAAGUCCUACAACUACGAAAUUAAAUCAGCAGCUACAUCCAGACGGGCUUGGAUCUGUGAUCAAGAGGAACCUAGGACAUCAGAACAGGUCGGAGCAGGAAGCAGUUGCAAUGGCUUCAAGAGUCCUGGGGAACAUAAAGGAGGAGGCGACCUGCCCCAUCUGCCUGGAGCUCCUGAAAGAACCCAUGAGCCUGGACUGUGGGCACAGCUUCUGUCAAGACUGCAUCACUGCCAACAACAAGGAGUUGGGCCAGGAAGGAGAGAGUCACUGCCCAGUGUGCAGGCUAAGUUACCAGCCUGGGAACCUGCGGCCUAGUCGGCAUUUGGCCAACAUAGUGGAGAUGCUUAGGAACGUCAAGUUGAACCCAGAGGAGGAACAAAAAAGAGAUCUAUGUGUGCGCCAUGGAGAGAGGCUCCUGCUGUUCUGUAAGGAGGAUGAAAAGAUCAUUUGCUGGCUUUGCGAGCGGUCUCAAGAGCACCGUGGUCACCACACAUUCUUCAUGGAGGAGGUUGCUCAGGAGUACAAGGAGAAGCUCCAGGAAGAUCUGAAAAGGCUGAUGUCAAAGGAGCAAAUAGCUGAGAAGUGGAGAGAGGACAUCAGAGAAGAGAGAACUUCUUGGAAGGAUCAAAUAGAAAAUGAGAACCAGUGUGUCCAGGAUUGUUUUAAAAGACUGAGAGAGAUCCUGGACAAUGAGGAGCAGAAGGAGCUGCAAAGGCUGAAGAAGGAAGAUGGAGAUGUUCUCAACGACCUGGCUCAGGAUGAGAGUAAACUGGGCAAGCAGAGCCAAUUGUUGAAAGUACUCAUCUUGGAUCCGGAGCAUCGGUUGCAGGGGUCAACACUAGAGAUGCUGCAGGAUGUGAAUAGCAUCAUGAAAAGGAGUAAGACCUUCAUUCUGAGGAGGCCAAAAACUCUCGUCAAGAAACAAAGGAGUGUGUUCAAAGGACCAGAUCUGACAGAGGUGCUGCAAAAGUUUACUGGGCUGACGUGGAUGCGACACUAUUGGGUUCACGUGACCCUGAAUCCUCCCAAGAAAAAAUCAAAUGUUGACAUUUCUGCAGGUGGGAAAGAAGUGAGAUGUGUGUUACGUCAGAAUACAAAUUGUGCUUCUGAGAAAUGUGAAAAUGAGGAUUAUGGUAUACUCGGCUCGCUGGUGAUCACCUCACGGAAAUAUUACUGGGAGGUGGAUGUGUCCGAGAAACGUGCCUGGGCCUUGGGAGUAUGUGUUGAAAAAUGCCCUGACUUUAGGCCGGGUUUUGUAAGACAGAGUAACAACUGUCAACAUAUUUACUCCAGAUGUCAACCUAAAUGUGGCUACUGGGUUAUAGGGUUAGAGAAUCAAUGUGAAUAUAAUGCUUUUGAGGAUGGUUUUAAUUUUAACCCAUCAAAGGUACCCCUCAAACUGACUGUUCCUCUCCAUCGUGUUGGGAUUUUCCUAGACUACAAUGCUGGCACCGUUUCAUUUUUGAAUGUCACAAACCAUGGCUUUCUCAUUUAUAAAUUCUCUUCAUGUUCCUUUUCUCAGAAAGUGUUUCCAUAUUUCAAUCCUAUGACAUGUACUGGCACCCUGAAACUAUGUUCCUCAAGGCCUAGUUUUCCUUUGGCGCAUCCAGCAAAGUGAGUUUAUCUGCACCAUUCUCACCAUCUCUUCUUUGCUGC